AUGACCGAAGCGGACUCAACUGCUGUGAACUGCACAUUUUCACCAAACAGCUCAUGGAGUGCCGAAGUCGACAACGAUGAGUAUUACAGUAUUGUCAAAGUCACAGAGACAACUAUUUUACCAGCCUUCGUGGGCUUUCUCUGUUGCACAGGCUUAGUGGGGAACAUUCUGGUACUGGUAACUAUUCUGAGGUCCCCCAAGAAGACGGUGCCUGACGUCUACAUGUGCAACCUGGCGGGCGCUGACCUGGUGCACGUGACCGUCAUGCCUUUCCUCAUCCACCAGUGGGCACGAGGCGGGCACUGGGUGUUUGGGAACACGCUCUGCACCGUCAUCUCCUCCCUGGACAACUGCAACCAGGUGGCCUGUGCGGUCAUCAUGACGGCCAUGAGUCUGGACAGGUAUCUGGCGCUGGUUCACCCCUUCCGCCUAACAAGCCUGAGGACCCGCUCAAAGACAAUCUGGAUAAACCUGUGCGUGUGGGCCGUGGCCGGCGUGCUGGCGCUGCCCGCCUGGGUCCACUCAGGGGUCCUCCGCUUCCCCGACGGCCUGGAGAGCUGCUCCAUGAACCUGGUGUCCCGCAGGGCUCUGCUGUGGUACACCAUCUACCAGACCCUGGUGUCCUUUUUCCUGCCACUGCCUCUCAUUCUCCUCUGCUACAUCCUCAUCCUCUGCUACACCUGGAGAAUGUACCAGAGGAACAAUAAGGCACGCCAAUACAGCAGCAGUGUGCCGAGGGACCGAGUGGUUCGGCUGACCAAGACGGUGCUGGUUCUGGUGGCGGUGUUCCUGGUGAGCGUGGGACCGUACCACGUGCUGCAGCUGGUCAACCUGAGCGUGCGACGGCCCUCGCUGGCCUACCACACCUGCUACUACCUGUCUGUGUGCCUGAGCUACGCUGCAAGCAGCGUCAACCCCUUCAUCUACAUCCUGCUGAGCGGUCACUUCCGCCUCCGGCUGCGGCGCCGCUGCACGCCACAGGGCCAGCGGCUCAACCCCACAACCCAGCACAGCGCGCUCCGUCCCAGCCAGUGACCCACCCCAGCGCAGGGUCCUUUUCUGACCCACAGAUGAUCAACCCAGCAACCCAACCCAGCAUAGGACACCCCAAUCCGAAUCUGCACAGCAAACCCUCGUCCAGUUUAUUGCCCAUUGCAUGGUCUGACUCACAAUACAGUAUGAUCAGAUUCCUGACCCACAGCAUGUCUAAUACAAUGUGGUUCAUGUAUUUCAUCAGCAUGGCCAUUCUUUGAUAUAAGAUAGUAGUCAAGCUCUAAUAAGCUUUUCAUCUCUGAUGUCACAGAGGGUGAAACCACUGGAUUCAGAAAGCAGAGUUUAUAACCUGGUCGUGCACUAGCUAAUAUGCACCGGUCCCAGAACACCGGAGCUUGUUCGUCAGCACAGUUGCUUAUUUACAAUUUUGCAUGUAUCACACACACCGCCGCACAAUAUCACACAAAACAGUAGGGACAAUACAGCGACAUAUAUCCACAGGUCAGAAAAGAAAAUAGAAGGAAGGAGAAGAAAGUAGUAGAGAAGAAAAAAGUUCCAGCUAGUGGUCGUUGGACCCAGUGAGAGCUUGGAUUAGUGUUAUAUUUCUGUGUUAGCAUACCAGUA